UUUUAAUUUGCGCGCAGCAAAUAGCAGCCGUGCAACGUCCCUGGAUCAGGCACCGCUGUCAUUAAAAGCAAGCAAAUCACCAGCAUUUUUGCGGAGCUAGUCGUUCAGAUGCUCUGAAAAGGACCAGGCUUGAUGAAUUGAAGAGAGGCGACUGCUAACUGGGGACUUAUGAAUUCAAACAAGCGCCGAGACAGGGAGACAGGACGAGCGCCCGGAGGCCAAGACAACUCCAAGAAGCUGGCAGUAAAAGAACUUAUAGAACGUUAUUACUACCAGUUGACGGAGGGCUGUGGUCGGGAGGGCUGCUCCAAUGAGAACUGUGCUUCCAGCGGUCGUUUGCAGCGCUUGUCGCCAAAUGAGGCUGCCGCCCGAGCGCUGCAUCUAAUGAUGGCAAAGGCUGCACUCUGUGACAGAACUGCCUCCAACAACACUGUGGAACGAGUGCCCGAGGCAUCGUCAUGUAGAUUAACUGGACCAAGUUGCAAUACAGUAUCAGCAUGUGGCGAAGGCGCAACAUCGGCAGAACCUGCUGGAGCAUCGCAGAAAAUGGAUUUGGAUUCCGGAUGCUCCUCACGCAAGCAUCCAAUGGCCUCAGAUGCAGCCACACAAGGCGAAAAAAGUGCAAAUGGCACAAGCAUCAAUACAACAGUGCUUGCAGCAUCAAGCUUAAAAGACGAGCUGCGCCCUCAAGAAAUGGAAAUCGACCUGUACUGCACCUUCAGCGAUACAAGCCCACUUACAGUGUUGCCGAAAAAGCCGAUAAGCAUAAUAAACGCCCUUUCCCCUCAGGAAAAACCUGCUACCCCUGGAACGACAGUGCCAGCGGAGACGGCCCCAAAGGCUCCACGGACAUAUCGUAUGCUGACCGAGGAACUUCUCCUCAACCUGGUGGCGGAGUGUCGCUCCUGCGGUAGCUACACGCCCCUCAUCCAUGCACUGGGACAGGUGUUCUCACGGGAGAAGUUCCUCAAGCGCAGCUUCCCACGGAGGCCAUCGCCUUCUUCGGAGGACGGAGGUCUGACCAAGGAGGAUCUGCGUGCUAUGGAAGCAGACAUGGACAAGGACCAGGAUUCGCUCGAACUGGAAGGCGGAGCAGCAUCUAGUGACUGUGAUCACAUGCUCAUGGAGGCUGGUCUGUCGGAAGUGGUGCCCGACAGUAUGUCUAGGAACGUCUCAGCUAUGCUGACAGAACUCAAUGGAUUGGUGAACCAGGAUAUUCCAGUGGAUGUCGAGUCCGUCAGGAGGUCUUACGAUGUCCUGUUUUCCAUACCAGACCUCCCUUUUCUCGACGCUCUAGUGAAUGCCAUCAUGAUUCUCUGUGAGAACCUGGAAAUUGGUCUCAAGUACCACAAGGCGUACCAGAGUGAUCCCAGCAUGCUAUCCGUGUUUGUGGUGCUGCUAGAGCUUCCUCUGCUCGAGGGACCCCUGAGUGGGAGUGCGUUGCACGCGCUCUGUCGGGCUUGCGCCCUACUGCCGCCCGAGGCCCAGGCACGGCUGGCCAAACAGUGGGGGGCCCAGUGCCCUCCUCACCGGCUGCGUAACACCCUCAACGCACUGCAUCAGGUGCUGACUGCACGCGUCAUCGAGGGGCACUUUGGCCGAGACUUUGGCGUUGCCGACGAUGAGCUUUUGGUGGCCUCAAUCAAGACAAUGAAGAUUCUGUUCAUGUCCAAUGUGCUUGGAGGGGAGCUGGAACAAUGUAGAGAAGAAGAGGAUGAAGUACUGACUACAGACGACGGUCGGCCUCUUCCUAAGGACUCAUCUCAGAUGCUCAAGGACGAUACACUGUGGGACCUUCUGGGUGUCAAGGUGGCUGACUGCCGCAAGCCACUAAUACCAUGGGAAGAGUUUUACAACGAGCCCUUAAGUGAGCAGCUCGAAACAGACCGAGGUUUUGUGCACUCCCGGGGGGGCAACACCAAGGAAGGCCACUUCUCCUUUCUUGGUCACGGUUUUGUCCUGACGCCCGCCGUGAAGGCUUUGGGCCUGUACUAUGACAACCGCAUCCGAAUGUACAGUGAACGUCACCUGUCAGUGAUUCAAAUGCUGGUCGGUGGCGCACCAACUAACCCCUACCUUCGGCUCAAUGUGCGCCGGGAUCACCUCAUUGAUGAUGCACUUCACAGGCUAGAGUUUGUCGCCAUGGAAAGCCCGUCAAGCCUGAAGAAGCAGCUGGUCGUGGAGUUUGAAGGGGAGCAGGGCAUUGACGAAGGCGGUGUCUCAAAGGAGUUUUUUCAGCUUGUUGUCGAGGAAAUCUUCAACCCUGACAUAGCGAUGUUCACUCUGAACAAUGAGACUCAAACGUACUGGUUCAACCCAACGUCCUUCGAGAGUGACGCCCAGUUCAAGUUGAUUGGAAUCAUCUUGGGUUUGGCUAUAUAUAACAAUGUCAUCCUGGAUGUGCACUUCCCCAUGGUCGUGUACCGGAAACUGCUCGGUCGCAGGGGCACCUUUCAUGAUCUCCUGGACUGGAAUCCUAGUUUAGCAAAGGGCUUACAGCAGCUGCUGGACUACAAAGGGGAUGACAUGGAAGAAGUGUUUGUGCAAAGCUUUAGAAUUACCUACCAGGAUGUGUUUGGCACCAUGCUUUCCCACGACCUCAAGGAACAUGGCGACACCAUUCUAGUCAACCAGGACAACAAAUGGGAAUUUGUUGACUCGUACACUGACUUUUUGCUCAACAAGAGCAUAGAGAAGCAGUUUCGUGCAUUUCGUCGUGGUUUCUUACUCGUGACUGACGACUCUCCCUUGGAGAUGCUCUUCCGGCCAGAAGAAGUGGAACUGCUGGUAUGCGGCAGCAAGAAUUUUGACUUCAACGCUCUUGAGGAGUCAACAGAGUAUGACGGCUACGCUGCAAACAGUCCUAUUAUUAGACAUUUUUGGGAGCUGGUGCACGAAUUCAGCCAGGAGCAAAAACGAAAACUGCUUCAGUUCGCGACAGGCAGUGACCGGGUGCCCGUGGGUGGUCUCUCGAAGCUCAAGCUGGUAAUUGCGCGCCACGGUACAGACUCGGAAAGGUUGCCAACAGCGCAUACCUGCUUCAACGUGCUUCUCUUACCCGAGUACUCUUCCAAGGAGAAGCUGGCAGACCGCCUGCUCAAAGCCAUAAACUACUCAAAGGGAUUCGGCAUGUUUUAAUGGCCAUCCCCAAGCGAAACUUAAUACCACGUCUUGUACCACUGAUGGAUAUCCCCUUCCUUUCCUUGCAUCCACAAGUGCGCCCCGCUGGAUAACAUUUUUUUUUUUUGUGCUCAUGUGACGUUGCUUCUCAUGUCUCUUGUCCAAGCCCAUUUCAGGCACAGAUUAAUAGCGUGCCCACCUAGCGCAUAGGUAUGACAUGAAGGCUACCUGCUCGGCCGUGUAAAAAGACAGCAGAGCCAUGCUUGCCUGCACUUGCCGCACUUUCAUUGUGGUCCUCUCUUAGAGUAACGAGUGUGGAUUUCUUUUUGUGGGAACCAGGUGGGACAAAGGCAGCCUCGCCUUGCAGCAGCGGGAUUUCCUUUAUUAGCUUUUAGCUAUUCAAAUGUAUAAAAAUGGCUGUUGUGGGUAGUGAAGCAUUGAUGUUUCAAAAAGGAUCUUGUUUGAAUUCAGUAGGAUGUGAUGUUUGAGAAACAGCAUGGUACCUCUGUGGUAGGAAAGGAAACACUUUUUACUGAAAGCAAUGAGUAUGGUGUGGUGCGCUGCAUUUGUAUGACCACACACAAUAUUUCCACAUUUAUAAAUAAGCAAUAUGAGUCGAUGGAUGUUCUUUCUUUCUUUUUCACAAAGUGAGUUUAUUCUUGCAUCUAGUAUAUAUAUAUAUAGGUUGCGAGUACAUAAAUUUAGUGUCUUUGAAAGCAGGAAACCUUUUUCACUUUCUAGAGCAGCACUUUUAAGUAUCAAGAGGUACCACAAGUCGAUACCUGACGAAGUUGUGACAUUAGUUUGCAAUGUGUGAAAGUGAGCAUAAUUCAUUAUAUAGCAUAGCAGUUGCCACAUCCAUUAUGUGCUGGCAUCUCUCAUGCGUUUCCCAAAAAGAUAAUCACCUGUGGAGAGCUGCUAAUGAGAGGACUGGUGGGUCUUUUAGAAAGGUCAUGGUUAGGAACAAGCAAGUCAUGUACUACGUGUGCUGUAACUUUGUCACUUGUAAAUUUGUUUUUUUUUGUACAUACACAUUGCUAAAGAAACAACGUAGGAUUGCAGUACACGAAACCCUCCAUUUGGGAAGCAUAGCCAGCUACAGUAAGGCUCCUCAGAGGCCUUUCCCAUUCACCUGCCACUGAGGAGUGUGUUGAGGUUUGUUUUUAUUUUCGUCCUGUGCGCAGUAAUGAGAAUGUUUUCUACAUGCUGUACGCACAUAUAUGUACACAUAACACUGGAAGAUUUUCAAGGCUUAGAGCUUGAUUACAUAGUCUUCUGCCGCCCUACACCAAGGGUCCCCAAGGAAGCAAACAUUGUGUUAGCUUGUGCUAAAGAAUGUUUUUUUUACGACGAAAUCAGUACAAUGUGGUUCGUGUAUACCAUUGCUGUUUUCGUUUUUUCAGUUCAAGAACAAGGUACCCUAGCUGCAGGCAUAUAAUUGGUUGUUGCAAGCUAAGCAUGUUGUUGAAAGGCUGUCGGUAAACUUGACCGUUCACCAGGCAGACAGACAGCGUUGUGCUUGUGUCAACCUCAUGUUAAGUGAAAUAAAGUCAAUUUCUUUUGUUUGCUGAA